AUGCAAAGUUUAAAAUUUCUUAUAAUUCUUUCGCUCACAAUAAACAUUCUUGCACACAAUAUUAAACUUCAAGAAUCAAUUGUUAAAGUUCAUAGAGAAAGUGAUUCAGCGACAGUGUGUUUCAUUGGAGUUGAUGAAGAAUUCUUAAUUGAUUUCUCAAAAGCAGAGUUAUCUAUACCAAUAUUCACUUUUGAUGCUGAUUUCAAAGACAAGUUUGCACAGAUAAACAAUAUCGUCAUUGUAUUUGAAGUUCCGAAAAAAGGCCGAAAUUGUUCAAAAAUUCUGCAAAACCUCUUCGAAAACAUUAAAGUUAGAAAGCAUAAUUCAACUUUUAGAGAAAUAGGAAGUAGCAAUCAAAGUAAAGAAGAUUAUUUUAAAUCUCUUUUCAACAACAACAUCGACAUAAGCAUGAAUUCGUAUUUGCCACGACCAAACCUCGACCUGAGUUAUCCAGUGUCAACAGAAGAUUUUGUUAUAAUGGUUCCUGUUAAUGGAUUUCUUUCGCCACAUGAGUACUUUAAAAGGCCAUUUCAAACUACUGUUUGGAUAACCAUUGCAGUUUUUAUUGUCUAUAUUAUAGGAAUUAAGGUGUUAAUGGAAAAAAUUACCACAUCAAGAGUGAAUAUUUGGUCAAAUUUUAGUAAUACCUAUCUGAUUUUAUUGAACUUAUCCACAGAAAAACCAAUUGUUUCGAACUAUCGAUUUUAUUUGCUGGUAUUUUUGUUUGCUUUUAUAAUUCGAAAUUUGUUUGGAGCAUAUUUUCAAUCAUUUCUAACAGUUUUUAUCAAAAUCAAACAAUUCGAUACCGUUCAAGACCUCGUCAACAACAAUAUUUCUAUUAUGUGUACUUACUUUCAAUGGGAUUUAAUACAAAACAAAUCUUAUCCAAAGGGAUUAAAAGAAAUAAUUCAACCAGCCAAUCUUCGGAAAUUUUCUUCUGAAUUUAUGUCCAUGCGAAACACAAAUUUCGCCUUCGUAGCCGAUGAAGACCGUUGCCAAUUCUUCAUUGAUUUUCAAUCUUUAUUUCGAAAGAGCUUAUUUCGUCGUGCUAAAGAAGCUAUUUGCCGUCAUCAUUUUGGAUAUUUGCUACCACCAAAUUCUCCAUUCAAGGAAAUAUUAAAUGAUUUUAUCAUUGAUAUAAAACAAACUGGUUUGCUUCAGAAGUGGGAUUCAGAUGUUGUUUACCAAGCAAAAUUACAAGGUUUUGGAUCAAUGAUUUAUAAGGAUAAUUCUUUGUACGAAGAAACUUUUGUUCCAUUGACAUUACAUCGCAUACAGUUUGCAUGGACCGUUUUAAUAGUCGGAUGGGGAAUUUCAAUUGUAGUUUUUAUAAAUGAAUGUGUUUUUGAAAAAGCUUUGUUUUUGAAACUGUGA